GCCCCAGCUUCCGCGUCCUCGCCCCGGUAGCCGGACCCCGAGCGGGUGCCAGAGCCUUACCCGGUUUCAGAGCUGGAGUCGGACCGGAGGGGUCGGAGUUAGACCAGGACCCUGGGCUGAAGCGGCGGGCACUGACUCCCUGCGAGAUGGACGGGACAGAAGGCAAUGCUGGGCAACCGGGCCCCGCUGAGCGGUCCCAUCGAAGCAGCGUGUCCUCCGUGGGAGCCCGAGCAGCUGACGUGCUGGUGUACCUGGCGGAUGACACAGUGGUGCCCCUGGCCGUGGAGAACCUGCCCUCACUUAAUGCCCACGAGCUGCACCGGGCUGUCCGUGAGGUCCUACAGCUCCCAGACAUCGCCCUGGAUGUCUUUGCACUCUGGCUUGUCUCCCCUCUGCUGGAGGUGCAGCUGAAGCCCAAGCACCAGCCCUACAAGCUGGGCCGCCAGUGGCCGGAACUGCUGCUGCGUUUUACCGACGCCCCCGAUGACGAUGUGGCCAUGGAUGAGCCUUCCCUGCAGUUCCGAAGGAACGUGUUUUUCCCAAAGCGGCGGGAGCUCCAGAUCCACGACGAGGAGGUCCUGCGGCUGCUCUAUGAGGAGGCCAAAGGCAACGUGCUGGCCGCACGGUACCCGUGUGACGUGGAGGACUGCGAGGCCCUGGGCGCCCUGGUGUGCCGCGUGCAGCUCGGGCCCUACCAGCCUGGCCAGCCCACUGCCUGUGCCGUGAGGGAGAAGCUGGACUCCUUCCUCCCCGCCCACCUCUGCAAGCGGGGCCACGGGCUCUUUGCUGCCCUCCGGGGCCGCGGGGCCAAGGCGGGGCUGGGGGAGCAGGGCCUGCUGAACGCCUACUGCAAGGUGAAGGAAGCGGCCGGCGGUGACAGCGGGCGCGGGACCUCCCUCAGCACCCACUACCGUGCCUACCUCCUCAAGAGCCACGAGCUGCCCUUUUACGGGUGUGCCUUCUUCCAUGGUGAGGUUGACAAGCCGGCCCAGGGCUUUUUGCACCGGGGCGGGCGAAAGCCGGUGGUGGUGGCCAUCAGUCUGGAGGGCGUGCAUGUCAUCGACAGCAGGGAGAAGCACGUCCUGCUGGGCCUGCGUUUCCAGGAGCUGUCGUGGGACCACACCUCUCCCGAGGAGGAGGAGUCUGUCCUGUGGCUAGAGUUCGAUGGGGACAACGAGGGCACCCCGGUCAACAGGCUGCUCAAGAUCUACUCCAAGCAGGCUGAGCUGAUGAGCGGCCUCAUCGAGUACUGCAUUGAGCUGAACCAGACUUCAGAGCUCGCCGCCCCCCAGGAGACUGUGUCCGGCCCGCCCUCGGCCGCCAGCUCCCUGCCAUCUUCUGCUCAGCGCCCGCAGCUGCAGAGGCAGGGCAGCGUGGUGUGCAGCCGCCUCCAGCAUCUCUCCACCAUCGACUACGUGGAGGAAGGUCAGCAGAUCAAGCGGGUGAAACCGAAGCGCACCACGUCCUUCUUCAGCCGGCAGUUGUCCGUGGGCCAGGGGAGCUACACCGUGGUGCAGCCCGCUGACAGCCUGGAGCAGGGCUGAGGGCAGCGGUGCCAGGCGGGGGGUGGCACCCGGAGGCCCCCUGGGGCCUGGCCGAGGACCCUUCUCCCCGAGGGGCGGGACCAGGCUGCGGCCCUGGCGUCGGGCAAGAGGGCCACCUCGAGCGGGAGGAAGUGGCUUCUGUGCCUGGGAUGGGACGCGGGCUGCGCGGAGCUGGCCGGGGGCUCCUGCAGGGUCUUUUUUGGACUUCCCCUGGACUCGGCCCCACUGCCGUCUCGGGAGCAUCUGAGGAGGCUCUGGCCGCCUCCCCCCAGCCACGGACUUGUCUUCGUGCCCCUCUCGAGAUGGACAGUGUCCCCUGCUCUGAAGUCCUCAGUGGCGGCUCUGAUGGCAGGUGGCCGAUGAAUAGGGUUCGGGACCUGUAGAUCCAGUGUGUGUCUUUGGUCUCUUCCCUGGACUUUGGUGACCACAUCCCUGCAUUCCUUCUGCCGCACCCCCCCCCCAACCCCACAACCUGCUGCCAGUCUGGGCAUGGCUCUUUGGGCAGGAAGGGGCCCUCGUGCAUUGAACCACAGGAGGAACAGAGAAGGCGAGGCCCCUCACCCAUACCCUCCCUUGCCGGAUGAAACUAGAGGGAGCCAGGCAGGGCCUGGCUCAGGGGGCAUUCUGUGCCCCUCACUCAGGCCCCUUGUGCCAGGACACCCUCUGACCGGAAGGAAAAUGCCUUUUUGCCAGCCUUUGGUGACAACGCUGUGCCGGGAGGUGGCCGUCCUGUGGACCAACAUGCCGCCAGACCCACACUUCACACUUGGACAGGCUCCCAGCCACCCUGGGCUUCAGGUUUUAGUUGUGCUCCUUUUUCAUCUGCUUUAGUUCUGCGAAGCCUGUGGCCUCUGGGGGCAACUUGAGAGAAUGCUCCCGCCAACCUCAGAGCUACUGGCUUUCCUUCAAGAUGGCGCCAUGGUGUCCAUCCGUGUGACCCUUUGGGGUGGCCUGUGCGCGAGGAUGUCCCGUGCGAGCUGGUCUCAUCUUUGCGGGGACAUUGUGGGGAGGCUGGAUGUGGCACUGGGUGUGGCUUUUCCCCUGCCUCACGUUCCUGUCUUCUCCCAGAGGAGCCAGGCUAGCAGAGGGCCUUCCCAGCCCCUCGGCUCCUCCGUGGUGGCUCCAUGGCUCUCACGGCGCUUGCUGGGACUUUCCGCGGGGAAGAAGCAGGCCCAGCGGAGCACUGGGCUCGGCCUUGUUCUCCCCUCCCCUGGAGAGCCUGGGCAGAGGAAACGCGAACUUGGCUCCAGGGGCGGAGCCCACUCACUUCCUCUUCCUUUUGGUGACUUUUGCACCCUCCAGAUGUUCUGAGGGGGGCUUGCCUCCGGCAGUAAGGACUUGUGUUGCUUGUUAUAAUAAAUAGGUAUCCGAGCCUUCUGGAAUGUCCCAGCCAGAGAACAUCUUAUCUCCCCUCCUGGAAUCACUGGACCUGAGUGGCUGCCCCGCCCGGCCGGCACGCAGCCAUCUGGUUAUCUCUUCCCACUCGCUGUUUUGACCCAGGUGAAUGUUUAUCUGCUGGUCUGGCUGCGAGGGGCGGGUGUGGACCCAUUACUUGUUUUUACUGUUCGGCCUCUCUGCUGUUCUCUGAGCAUCCCUUGUGACGUGACCUUUUCUGCCUGGCCUUUGGGACAAAGCAGUAUUUCACCAAGUGCCCUUUGAAUAUUCUCAUUCUUUUGUAUCAUGUGACUCAUUAAUAAUAAAUGAAUUUCCAGCAAA